AUGUCGUCGAAAUUUUCAUAUUUAUUGAUUCUACUCGGUGCUAUUAUUCUAGGAGUAUAUUCGGCUAAUAAAGGUAGUGUUCAGAUAUGUAAUCGAGGAGCGUAUGUGGCUAAAUGCGGUUUAAAUUCUCGAACCGACGAUGGUCGAACUCGUUCCUAUGGUACUGAUAAUUUCUUAGCUGGUCAAUGUUCGGUACUUGAACUUCCCUAUGAAUCAGUAUGGGGUCAAGUUUGGUGUGAUAAUUUUGUUUUCAUCGGUACGACUAAACGUAUAUUUCAAGAAGAAUUUAACGCUCCGUCUGUUCGUUGUUAUGAUAUUACCGGAACAACAUUUCAUCCAGGAAUGAGUCGAAGAGACUGCUAA